AUGGGUGAGGAAUGGGUUCUGCCCGAGAAAUGGAGCGAGGACCUUGUGGACGAGCAAGGCAACAAGAUGAGCAAGAGCGAGUUCAAGAAGAGGCAGAAGGCGGCCUUCCAAGCAAAGGAGAAGGAAAAGAAGAAGGCUCUGGAGGCAGACAAGAAGGCUGAAGCAGCCAAGAACAAGGCAGCAGAUGGGCCGCAACUGGUGAAUGAUGAUGCAGACGACCUGGAUCCCAAUCAGUACUAUGAGCGGAGAGUCAGGACCCUGGCAGCAGCGAAGGCCAGCGGACGGAACCCCUAUCCCCACAAGUUCCAGAUCAGCACGUACCUGCCAGAGUAUGUCGCCAAGUAUAAGGAUCUGGAGCCUGGAAGCCACCAAACAGAGGAGGUUGUCAGCGUCGCAGGCCGGAUCUACAGCAGGAGGUGUCAGGGUAAGCUGGUGUUCUACGACCUGAAGGCAGACGGGGAGAAGAUCCAGGUCAUGGCUGAUGUGGCGACGUCCGGGGAUGACCUGGCGGCCUUUGUCACCCUCCAUAACAGCGUCAAAAUAGGCGACAUUGUGGGCGUCGAGGGCCACCCGGGGAAGUCCAAAAAGGGCGAGCUGUCCAUCUUCCCACGCAGCUUCCAAGUGCUCUCGCCCUGCCUCCACAUGCUACCCCUCAGGCGCCUCGACAACCAGGAGACGAGGUACCGCAAGAGGUACCUGGAUGCGAUUGUGAACCCCUUUGUGCGGGACAUCUUUGUGACCAGGGCGGCCAUUAUCCGCUACAUCCGCCACUUCUUUGACGACAGAGGCUUCCUGGAGGUGGAGACGCCGAUGAUGAACAUGAUCCCGGGCGGCGCGACGGCGCGGCCAUUCAUAACGCACCACCACGACCUGGACAUGCAGCUCUACAUGCGCGUGGCCCCCGAGCUCUACCUCAAGAUGCUGGUAGUGGGAGGCCUGGACCGUGUGUACGAGAUGGGCAAGCAGUUCCGCAACGAGUCCAUCGACAUGACGCACAACCCCGAAUUCACCUCCUGCGAGUUCUACCAGGCGUACGCGGACUACUAUGAUGUGAUGGCGCUGACAGAGGAGCUGGUGAGCGGCCUUGUGAAGAGCGUCACCGGCAGCUUCCAGAUCCAGUACCACUCCAACGGUCCGGAUCAGGACCCGGUGGAGAUUGACUUCACGCCGCCAUACAAGCGGAUACCCUUCAUGGCGGGGCUGCGAGACGCGAUGGGCCUGCAGGACGACGCACAGUGGCCCCCCAACAACACCCUGCACACCGAGGAGGCCCGCCUCUACUUCCUCAGACUGUGCCAGGAGAGGAAGGUGGAGUGCCCGCCGCCGCAGUCCACAGCGCGGCUGCUGGACAAGCUGGUGGGCGAGUAUGUGGAGAGCCAGUGCCGGCACCCCACCUUCCUCAUCGACCAGCCCCAGAUCAUGUCCCCGCUCGCCAAGGGGCAUCGGUCGGAGCCGGGUUUGACGGAGCGGUUUGAGCUGUUUGUGAACUAUCGGGAGCUGGCCAAUGCCUACACAGAGCUCAACGACCCCAUUGUGCAACGCGAGCGCUUCCAGCAGCAGGCCCAGGCAAAGGCUGGCGGGGAUGACGAAGCGAUGUAUGUGGACGAGAACUUCUGCACAUCGCUGGAAUAUGGCCUGCCGCCCACUGGCGGAUGGGGGAUGGGCAUCGACCGGCUAACCAUGCUGCUCACAGACACCCUCAACAUUAAAGAGGUGCUGUUGUUCCCAGCCAUGAAGCCCGAGGAUCAGAAGCCGUCUGCAUCGGCCACUGCUGCUGUCUCAGCUAUUGCACCGGUGCUGUUCUGA